AUGCGGGCCUUGCAAACAAAUCUAACCACGCGCCGCAUCGAGACCGAUCAAGUGGACAAAUUGAUUCGAAUCGCCUGUAAGGCCGCGCUCGGCCUUCCGGCGAGCACAAGCACGGAGCGCCUCCGGGAGCUAGGGCUGACCAACACAUAUGAAGAGCUCGCCGCAGCCACGAUGAUCGCCCAGCGAGAGCGUCUUAACGCGACGCCCCAGGGACGUUGUCUAUUAAGACGCCUGCACUACCCCCUGGCGCCGCAAUUCUGCGGAGACGAGACUCAACUGAUACCACUCGCUCUGCGAACACGGCUACAUGUGUAUCCCAUCCCACGCAACAUGCACCCGACAUACCACGCAAGACGAAGACGAGCCAGGGCGACAGCCCUGCUACAGAGGCAGGGCCACCCGGACACGUAUUUCGCGGACGCAAGUCUCUACCCCCACACAACACGAACCCCCGCCUUCGUGGCGGUCGCGACAAAUCGGGCACGCAUGGUCGCGGCUGCGUCCUUGCGCACCUCGUCCAGCGCAACGGCGGAGGCCGCGGCCAUCGCCCUAGCCGUACGAGCCGCCGAAGCAAACGGUCAAUCGGCACACGUGCUAACGGACUCUCAGGACGCAUGUCGACUAUACAAGCGGGGAGUUUUGCCGGCCAGCGUCGUGCGCAUCCUCGGACCAAGACUAACUCACGACCAUGGGAUCACAUGGUGCCUGGCACACGCCGGAGUGGAUGGCAACGAACGGGUGGACCGCCUGGCUCGAGAUAUGACAGGCCGAGCCGCGGAUCACUCCACCCUAACGGAGCCCCCCACACCCGGCACGCCCCGAGAAAUACUGGAGCUGCAAAGACUCGGCCGACAAACAAAGGCUCCUCCCCAUCCCAAGCUCAACAGGGUGCAGGCAAGGGACUGGCGCCGCCUACAGACGAACACCUUUCCUCACUUGCACAGGCUACACAAGAUAUACCCCGACAGACACAAAGACAAAUGUCCCUGGUGUGAAGACACCCCGGCACUCCAGCACAUCACAUACGAAUGCCCGAGGCGCCCGGCACAUGCCGUCUCGCCGCUAGUCAGGAACUCACUCGUUAACUGGUCGUGGGAGGCGCGACUCACCGAACAGGACUUGGGAAGCCAGCUGGCGACCCUCGACCAGGCCCGGGAUGAACUCUUGGACCAAGUUUCGGAGCCAAUCAUCGAAUAUCACUCGAAAGAUUCCGGAGAAGAUGAGGAACACAACUACAGAACGGACUACCUGAAGUUCACAGUAUUUCUUAUGAUUGCGUGUUUUUUUAAGGCGUUCCAGAAGCAGCUGCGCGUGCCCUACAUGAGCUGGCUGUUCCUGCUGGCAACGCUCGCGCUGUGCCUGAUGUCGCUGACGGGCCCGCUGCGACGAAGCAGCGGCCUGGUGGCUAAAAUCGGCAUCCAGGCCAUCCGCGCUUUCCUGCCGGCCUUCGUGGUGCACACGACGCAGGGCAUCAACAACUACAUCUUCCGUCGGUGCCACGUCGAGAUCAUGGUCUUCUCCAUCGGAACAUUCACUAUGACCGUCGUGAUGGCGUCGGUGUACGCGCUCCACAAGGUGUCCGACGGUUCGUGGAGCGUCAGGGAGUGCGUCUUGUUCGGCCUCUUCAUGUGCUCGGUCGAGCGAGCGCCCUUGAGCAGCGUCAUCUUUGUCGAAGGUCGCUACCCUGUAAUCGCCACAAUGAUUCAGUCAGAGGCCCUGUUCAAUACAGGCAUGGCAUGGUGCGUCUUCAGCUUUCUUGGAGGAAACGCAAACCAGUACUACGAUGUGCUGCUCUUCCCGAUUCAAAACCAGCUGGUGGCCGUGGUCGUGGGCUGCGCUCUCGGUGCCGCCACGAUGGGCAUGCUGAAAAUGAUCACCUACGGCAACGACUCGGUCGUCGUGGCGGUGAUAAGCGGCACCUACUUCACUUUCUUCCUGCUCGAGUCGGUCAACAGCUCCGGCGUCACCGGCGUCAUUGUCUACACCAUAGUGGUCUCGUCGGAUCGACUCAUCUCCUGUUCAGAGCUUGAGGGCACGCUCGGCUCGUACUGGUCGGUGCUAUUGGACUGGACUGGAACGCUGACCACUUUCAUCUGCGCCUCGUUCACGGCCUACAUGCUUGUCUACUACUUCCGCACCUACGACUGGCAGGACAUAUUACUCAGCUACGUCGCCAAGAUGAGCAUGCGGUGCCUCGCGGUGCUGAUGUUGUACCCGGUCAUCGGCCACUUCGGCUACCGCAUCACGGCCAAGCAGGCGAUCGUGCUGGCUUGCAUGGGGCUCAAGGGCACCUACAUCGUCUCCCUUGCCACUCUCUACCACAUCACGUACCAAGACACCCACACCGAGAACCUAACUAAGUCGUUCAUGUACGUCACCUCGGACAUGGUCCUCACGCAGUUCAUAAACGCCUCCAUCGUUCCCUUCCUGCUCAAGGUGCUCGGCAUCCUGGACGUGUCCGAGGUGGAGUGGCACACGAUGAAGGACGCCGUAGCGUACCUGCAGGAAGCAGUGGACGUGGUGGCCCACGUGAGCCGCAACAACCCGUACUUCCUGGCCGCCGACAAGACCUGGGUCAUGCGCAACACACGCAUCCGGAACCCGUUCAACGUCGUGCCACGAUAUAAGAAGAGCGAUAAGGCCCACUGGCGCAGCUCCCGCAGAAGAUACCACGCCGAGGUUCUCGCGGUAGAGAACGUCCUCCGCAUCGAAUCGGUGAGCUACUGUCGGCAGCACAGGCAAGGAGUGGUCCAAAAACAGACAUUGAUGGCUCUGCUUGCGGCGCUCCAGUAUCCAUACGACAAGAAAAUAUACCUUGACAUCGACAUCAUCAGCUCACUUGUCGAUAUUCCACAAUGGAUUCUCUGGGUGAAGGACCGGCUGGGCGAACCGCUCCACGAGGAGACCGAGCUGGACGACGAGUCGGUGUCGCUGUCCGAGAACGUGGUCAAGCCGCUCAACGAGCGCCUCAUGGACCUGUUCGAGCACGAGUGCUACGAGGUGAUCAUCACCAACACCACGCUGGCGUUCGUGCUGCUCCUGGUGGGACUUCUGCGCGCCGCCAUCUACAGCAACGCGCGCUACUUCACCAUCGUCAUGCUCGUCGAGUUACUCUACCAGGCGGCGUUCUUCGUCGAGGUCGCCACCAUGCUGUCGGCGUACGGCCAGAAGGUCGUCAACCUGGACAACUACAACAAGCUGGACCUGAUUCUAAUGGCAUCGUGCAUGGUGGUGCUCUUUGUGCACGUGCUCGUGCACGUUGUGGGUGCGGGCGCCGACCACGAGCAGAUGCUCGGCAUCCUCUUCGUCGUCGUCAUCUCCGCCCGCUUCACGCACGCCAUCAAAUACGUCGAGCUGCUUCUGGUCCGAUGUGCGGAGCUGAUCCACAGGACCCUGGAUGCUUUCAUCUACUCGGCGUACGAAGCGGGCCACGCCAUUGUCAUCGGCGAAGAGGAGGUCCAGAGGAACGUCUGGAAGUUCGUCGACUCAGCCGACAUUGCCAUGGAGAUCCGCGGCCGCGCCACGCUCAACCGGCUGCUCGUCCUCCAGAAGCUCGCCGAUAUGCAGUCUCGCUUCCCAGGAAUAAUGGUUUCGUUCCGGAGCCGCCAGGCCAGCGCCACCAUCCUGAACGACCUGAGCAGGCAGAUCAACGAGAUGCAGCGUGACGGCGUUCUCGACUCCGAAGACUACAAGUGGGUGCGCUUGGCUGUCCAGGAUCGGCACAUGUACAUCCUGUCCGAGGCAUGUAGCUUGCCCACCAGCUACAAACCGAUCGCCAUGCUCCGGGUCAUUCCGUGGAUCAACUCGGACAGCAUUCGCCAAUUUCUAGCGAUUAAAAUCAGACCGGUGUCCUUCGCUCCAACCGAAAUCAUCGUGGAGAGGAAGGAAGAGAAUGACAUCAUACUGACCUAUUCCGGCAUAUUGAAGAUCGAGGGGGAGUACGAGGAAGGUGGCGACGGGGCACUACCCAACUCGGCGUCCACGCUGUUCUUCUUCAACGAGGGCUACUUCGUCGACUACGUGCCCGCGCCUGCGUGCAUCGGCGACCUCGGCCUCGUCACCGAGGAGCCCUCGAUCACGCGAGUCGUUGCCGAGACGCAGGUCAACGCCUAUAUGAUCCCGAGAGAGCGAGUGAUUGAAGCUAUAGGGAUCUUCACGAACGCACCGAGUUUUCUUUACGAUAUCUGGGCGUACAUUGCGAGGAACAUCGGCCUCCUGGUUCUUCAAACGCAUCCCAAGUACCAGACAUGGCCGCUCGAGAAGAUCCAGCGCCGCUUGGACUCGUUCCUGAUGCCCAACUUGGAGAUAGCGACCAAGUUCAUACUGACGCCCGACAUCCACGACGCCAUUCUGAUUCAGGGCGUCGCUAUUGACAGCGAGACGCAGGAAUACCUGGUCGGACCCAUGUACGUGCCUCGCAGCACUCGCAGGCUCAGCUUCCCGGGAAUCUUUCACCACCGGGUGAGGCCCGUGGUGAUAGUGAUGGCUGACAAGCGCUAUCGCUUGCCUCCCGAGAUUGACUGGCUGCAGCCCACCGAAGGCGGCGACAAAAACUACGACGAAUACAUGAAGCAGGAGUUUGGACAGGAGCAGAUGUAUAUCCAGGAGGACUACUGACCUGCUCCGGAUGGCUCGCCCAUUAGAAGCCGGUGUCACUGCGGCUUCGUGAAAAAUAACGCUUAAAGAAAAUUUGUUCCGCGGUAAUUCGCGAAAUGAAACGUCGGCGGUUACCCCUGUUACCCCCAGGGGGUGUAUUUUUGUGUUACGAUCUUCCCGAGCCAAAUGAACGCGAGUCAGUGAACUCGGGCUUGAAAUUUAAUUCUGUUUUCAGCGUUAUUUCCGAGGAUCGCUGUAUUUCGCAUACCAAUUUAUUGUAUUCGACGAUCUCUUAAAUAUACCUAUUAGCGAGAGAGCACGAAUGUACGUUUAUAAAACACGCCGUGAGCUAAUACCGCUGAAUGCAGUAAGUCGUCAAAUGCAUUUAGCAAUGUAUAGAAAUUAAGCCGAAGUGUACCUGAAACGUCUGUUUUGCGCGUAUGAAGUGAAGUUUUCUAGAUGAUCCCUGACAGAUUUGGCUGAUCGCCACUGUUAACUACUGCUGUCUUGCUGAA